AUGGCUAUUACUGAAACUGUCAUGCACAAGUUACAGUUCGCUCGUGGCAUCGGUCAACGGGAGAUGCUCCGCGCCAACACACUGCCGUCGAUCACUCGGGCAAAGGUCGGUUGCUUUGCAAGACUGCGAAUCUACGAAGAGAAUGCUCGUUUCGUACUAAUUUGCCUAAUUUUGAUUGUAUAUCUUGCAUUCGGAGCAGCGCUUUUUCAUUGGCUCGAGUGGGACAACGAAGUGGAUGAACGGGAAACGAUUGAAAAACGAAUGAACGAAUACCGAGAGAAUUAUUGUACGAGAAGACCAAUGAACGAAUGUGAUUUCGAUGAAAUGGUCAGAUUUAUCGCCGACGGAGCCACAAGUGGACUUUUGAACACACGACCUCGAUUUGAUAUCCUAGGAUCUCUAUUCUUCUCGGCUACCGUAAUCUCAACCAUUGGUUUUGGAACUUCGACGCCCAGAACUCAACUCGGAAGAUUUAUAACGAUUGUGUAUGGAGUCGUCGGAUGCACCUGUUGUGUGCUGUUUUUUAAUUUGUUCCUGGAGAGACUGGUGACUGGAAUGUCAUACAUCUUAAGAAGUCUUCGAGAGCGGAAAAUCCGAUACAGGCUUAAGGAGCCAGGAAACAAGCCGGUCACUCUUCUCAUCAAUAAUGAAGACUUCAAUGAAUCUUCCAGCUCUUGCGAGGGUCAUAUGGACAACUGGAGACCGUCAGUUUACAAAGUAUUCUUCAUUCUUUUCUCCAUGUGCCUGGUUCUUAUCACCGCUUCCGCCGGUGUCUAUUCGGUCAUCGAAGACUGGGUCUACAUCGAUUCUCUCUAUUUCUGCUUUAUCAGUUUCGCCACAAUCGGCUUUGGUGAUUAUGUAUCCAACCAGCAGGAUGUGACGAGGAUGAGCCCGGAUCUGUACAGAUUUGUCAACUUCUGCAUUCUGACUCUGGGUGCUUGCUUCUUCUAUUGUCUCUCGAAUGUAUCCUCGAUUGUGGUUAGACAACUCUUGAAUUGGAUGAUCAAAAAGAUGGAUAUCAAAGUAGAAGAUAGAUCAUUCCUCUGUUUUAAGAAGAAGAGAAGAUACAUGGGUCUCGGUCUCCGUCCACCGAAAGGAUACGACAUGACAUCUGAAAGAUCGUCAGUAGAUUACGCAGAUGGGUUGCUGUCGUUGAAAGAGUUUCUGAUGAACAAUCAAAGUUCAAUGAUCAUGCUUCAAAAGCAAUUGAUAAAAAGUGCGAUGAAGAAUGUUGUGGAGAAUGAGGAACAGAAGAUCUCAGCAACACGAGUAGGACCAAUGGGAAUUCUUGAUGAAGCAUUUGGAGAUGAACCAUGA